GAACUUGUAGUUUACUGGUAGAUUACUGAGUAAACCCAGAAUGCACCUGGCGAGACCUUGGACCAGUAACAAUGGCGGCCAGGCUGGGGUCCACAAUGUGUCUGUCUAGGAGCCUUAUCCGAUACAAGUCCUGCUCCCAUUGCCGCAGACGGAGGAUUUCUGUGCAGCCCUGGGCAAUAAGUGUGCGUCCCAUGUACGGGUCAAGCGGGGCCGCGGCAGACACUCGGGUGCAGGUGGUGGACUUGCGCAGUGAUACAGUGACACAGCCCUGUGCAGAAAUGCGAAGAGCCAUGGCUGAGGCCAAAGUCGGGGAUGAUGUCUACGGAGAAGACCCCACUGUAAAUGAGAUUCAGCAUCGCGCUUCUCAGCUGUUUGGAACCGAAAAUGCUCUGUUCGUUACCUCGGGCACAAUGGGGAACCUGAUCUCCGUAAUGGCUCAGUGUCGAACACGAGGAGCUGAGAUCCUUAUAGGGGACCAAUCUCACAUUAACAUCUAUGAACAAGGAGGAUCGGCACAGAUUGCAGGAGUAUUUGCUCGGCCGGUGAGGACACUAAGUGAUGGGCGCCUGGAUCUGCAUGAUUUGGAGAGCAAGAUCCAGCACUCGUACCCAGAUGUUCAUUUUGGAAAGACAUGUCUCAUUUGCCUGGAGAACACUCAUAACAGAAUGGGCGGCCGUGUCUUGUCCCUGGCGUACAUGAGGGAGGUCCGGGAACUUGCUGACCGCUAUGGGCUGAAGGUUCAUUUGGACGGUGCCCGCUUACUAAAUGCUGCUUAUUCGCUGCGUGUGGACCCAGCUCAGAUUGUUCAGUUCUGCGACUCUGUGUCUCUCUGCCUAUCCAAAGGACUGGGUGCCCCAGUAGGGUCGCUGAUUGGAGGACCAGCAGAUUUUGUUUCUGAAGCUAGACGACUGAGGAAGUUGCUUGGUGGUGCAAUGCGUCAGGCUGGGGUGUUGGCAGCCGCUGGAUUGGUUGCCCUCAAUCGGGCUCAGAAGACUGUGUCAUUGGAUCAUCACAAUGCAAAGGUGUUCUCAAGAGGUGUACAAGAGCUGGGCUUAGAGCUCUGCACCACGAACCCCGCCACCGUAGAGAGUAACAUAGUAUUGCUGACAGUGAGUGAGACGCUCGGAGCCCAAGAACUGUGUGAUGAGUUGAACAAAGUCACCCCCAAAGAGGUAGAAAGCGGGAAGGGGGUAGUCGUGCUGGCACAGCCCUUCUCCUCCACCUGUGUGCGAAUGGUCUGGCAUCGUGAUAUCACAGAGGGUGACACCGAACGGGCACUAGAGAAACUCAGAUCGGUGGUUCAACAGUACAGGAAAGGAGAGAGUUAACUGAGCCCCAAAUACUAUAGAAUUUGCAUAAAAUGAAGUGGCACUAGCUAAAAUGUCCAUGUACACUUCAACGUAUCACUCAUGAAGAAAUUUGAAAAAGAAAUGAUGUAUAGUUUCCCAAUAAAAUCUGGCUAAACACAAUCUCUGUGUGCCCUGGUCAGCUUGUGUCACCCUACUCAUACUGUACCCAACACAAUAUCCAAGGAGUAAUAUACAGUCCGAACAAAGAUAAAUUAGAAAGUUUGUAGGACAGUAAGAUAAUAAAAAGCCUCUCUCCCUAGUAAGCCAGCUAGCUAGUUAGUGG